AUGACUGGCUCCUUCUACUCUGUCUCAACACUUCUCAACCAGAUGAUCAUGACCUGCUAUGAGAACCAGGAGUUGAAUGCUGGUAGAAUCGGUUUGACUUUGGUUGUUGCUGGGAUGGUUGGAUCUAUCCUCUGUGGCCUUUGGCUGGACCGUACAAAGUUGUACAAGAUCACCACACUGAUCGUGUACAUCCUGUCGUUUGUGGGCAUGUUGGUCUUCACCUUCACUCUGGACCUCAAAAACAUCCACUUGGUCUUUGUCACUGCUGGAGUCCUGGG